AUGGGUCGCUGGGGGAUGCGCCUUUUCGAGGGCGAUCGGGAUUUGGAUAUUGCUCUGGAGAUCAAUCGCGCCCUUGGCGACAGCGACGACAUGGACCUCCAUCUCUCCAGUAUGAUCCACCAGACAGACAUGUGCUGUCCCCACGAUAUAAGAGCUUACUACGAGACGGAAGAGUACAAGAAGAAGCUCGAGGGCAUUGUUUCCGAUCGCCGCAACACUCUCAAUAGCGGAAUCGGCGACGAGCUCUUCAAGAUCUUCCGCAAGAGAGAGCACGAGCCCGAAGGCAAGUACCGAGUCAUCCUUGUCGGCGCCAUCAUGAUGCGAGCUGGGGCCGUGAUCAAUGGCAAUGACUUCAACCAUCUCCGUGAACUUGUCCGCGAGAUUCCGUGCCGCGAUGGCUUGAAUCCUGUGCUGCGAAGCAACCCUGGCGUCGUGGCGCUGUUGGCAGCCGACCUCAAUGGCGGUGACAAGGGCUUCCGGCAUCCUGGCAAGGUGCAAUUCCUUGCCGCGCUCGAGAACUACAAGCCCGGCGUGCCUCGAAGCUUUCAAGAGCCAAGCUGUGGCAAGAUUGCCGCAGACAAUGGCGAGGCGACACCCUCCCAGUGCUCAAAGUGCAAGAGAGCCUGGUACUGCAACAUGGCCUGCCAGAGAGCUCAUUGGAAGAACCACAAGUCCGCUUGCAUCCCGCCGGAGGGCCGCGUCUCCCUGAAUGUCUGA